CUCGAGUUUAAAGCUUCCAAUGGGCGGAAUGAGGCAGGUGAGUCGAAUGGUGGGGAUAGUGGCCCUCUUCCUGCUGAUUGCUCCACAACCAGCACUAUUGUUUGGGCAAUCAGAUGAAUCACUUGAGAUUGCUGAGCUGGAGCACGGUGUCGAAGAUGCAAUGGAAAAUAUGCAAGCGCUCUUCGAAUUCGGCAGCCGAAUCACUGCAAAGGAUUCCAGGCAAAUCUCUAGGGCCUUUGAAAAGCUCAGUAAUCAUAUUAUAAAAAAGACCAAUACCAAACCCAGAUCCAGUUCGGAAGACCAACUUGAAAAGGUUUUCAACAUCAAGCCAGCCGAGAACACCAAUAUUCGAUUUUCCUACAAACUUCCUAAAGGGAAAGUCCGCGCGACUUCAACUUCAAACGGCAAGAAAAAGAAGCAGCCUGAAUAUUUCUUAAAUUUCAUGUUUAACAACUUCCGAAAUCCCAAGAAACCCCUGGAUCACAAUACACUCGUCAAAAAACUGAAGACGCGACGCACUGGCAGGCGAUUGCUGCCCAAUGGAAUGCCAAAUCCUUAUAGAUACUUUCCGCUUAAAGGCGAAGAUAUGUAGAUACUAUACUUCACUAUCUAUUGAUUUGCUUACUAACAAGCAGACCGAAAUGUUUACUCACUGAUAAUAAAAAUAGCUCUUUAGUGCUUAUUCAUUCACAGAAAAAACCCAAAUA